AUGCCUUCGAAUAAGAGCUUAGCUUCAAGGGUAGCUUGGAACUUAUGGGCCUUAUAUUUCUGUGGAACUGGAUUGAUCGAAUCAAUUUUGUUACCACUACCUGCCCACUUGAUUAAAGGUGGAGUUUGGCAAUUUUUAACAAAUACUUCACUAUUGGUAACAUGCUUAUGUAUGCUUUGUAUCAUUUCUACCAGCGUAGGGAAAGCAUUCAAAAUUAAAUAUGGAGCAAUUAGGAGGACCGUUAAUGAUCUUGAAAAUUUAUGUUGCAAUUUAGAAUUUAUUGUAACGGUAACAUAUUGGUCAAUAAUUUUGUUCUGUCCUGACAUGCUUAAUGGCAAAUCAUUUGCUGUCUCCUGGACAUUGGAUUUUAAAAUUCAUCUAUUGCCAUAUGUAUUUUUACUUGUAGAUAUAUUACUAUUCAGAAAUAAUCAAGAUGUGAGCUCCACGGGCUUUGCCGAAUCAUUUGGCGUAUCGGUAAUCUUUUUGGGGUUAUAUUGGUCUCUGAUAGAAAUUAGUACUUCAGUGUUAAAUGACGACGGAUUAGCCAAAUUCCCGUACCCAUUUUUGAAUAAUGAUAACUUUAUGCAGAGGACUGGUUGGUUGUUAGUUUUUAUGGGACUUGGAUUGAUAAAUCAUAUUUCUCUUAAUUAUUCAAUGAAACUCGUAACUAGGACCAAGCGUCACAUAGAAUAA